GACGUUCCGGCCAGGGCUCGCUGGGGCCUGCGAUACGCCACAGCCGUGACCUUUCAAAACUGCGCAAACAUGGGCGCUACUCCACUCGAAAGCAAGUUCCAACAGAUGUAUUUCUUGAGCCACGAUCGCAUCACAAGGCCUAACAGGCUAACCGAAGAAAUGUCGUCUGCAAGCCGAAAUGUCGUCUGUUAAAUGUAGUGGCCGCGGCUGUGGCGUUCGCCCGCUUCGUCCAAGGGUUGUUUUUGCUAUUUCGCCGCCAUCUCCGCAACGUCGCGGCGGAUCUCGUGAAUUAUGGACUUGUCGAACAGCUAUAAACCAUUGCAACAAGACAUAGGCAUUGAAAUCAAGCAGGAACCAGUAUCACCACCAGGCUCAGACAUAGAAGAGGAGGAAUAUGUGACGUCAGACGUGUACAGGAGCCCACAUUUCCCACAUCUUACUAUAAAGAAGGAGGAACCCACGUCAUCACCAGAAGCUUCACCAAGCAGAUCACCAGCCUUCAAAGAUCGAGAUGCUGGUGAUCAUGCAGCAGAGGCUGCCCUCCCAACACCGAAAGAGAGCACAUCACCACCACCACCACGAGCUUCAGCUUCCAACGAUGUCGGCAGCAGCCACGAACAGACAGAGUCGGAGUCUGAAGAUGUACGUGGUGGUCCUGUGCCGCUACAGGUGUGCCUUGAAGUUGGCGAGACCGCAGGACCUUGGGCCAAUGGUCACGCAACCUCUGGUGGCAGCUCGUUGGUGGACAAAAACAACAAUGGCAGUGGCAGCGGCGGCAGCAGAGACGACGAUACUACAAAGGGCCAACCUGUGCUGUCGGCAGCGGGCAUCAAGCACGGCCGUCGCACGCCUCUACAAUGUCCGCUGUGCCCGUACACGACCCACAAUGCCACCACCAUGCGCGAGCACCUGCCCGUGCACACGGGCGAACGGCCAUUUUGCUGUCCAAUGUGCAACAAGCGCUUCUCCCGCAAGAAGUACUUUCGGGUGCACCUGCGUCUCCACGACAAGAAGCGGGACAACGACAUCUUCGGUGCCCGUGGUGACGGCAGCGCCACACCGGCCGACUCUGUAACUUCACCCAGGACAUCACACGGGUGUGACACGUGCGACGAGACCUUCGUCCAGCGCCAGCACCUGCAAAAACGCGUGCAGACAGUGCACGCGCUCGACGGGGAGGCGGGCGGCGGCAGCUCGGACGGCAGCAGCAGCGGCAGUAACGUGUGCCCCGAGUGCAACAAGAGCUACAAGUACGCGGGAAACCUGCGAACGCACAUGCGUGUACACACGGGGGAGCGCCCCUACAUGUGCGACGUGUGCGGCCUCCGCUUCACCUGCUCCAGCUACCUGCAGGUCCACUUGCGGACGCACGUGCAGGAGAAGCCGUACGCGUGCCCCCAGUGCAGCAAGACCUUUGUGCACAACUCGGCGCUGACGGUGCACCUGCGCACGCACACGGGGGAGCGCCCCUACCAGUGCCCCCACUGCCCGCUGCGCUUCAGCCACCUGCGCAACAUGAAGCGCCACGAGAUCUGCAUCCACACGCACGAGUACCCGCACAUCUGCACGCUGUGCCAGCGCGGGUUCCUCGUCGUCACUCAGUGGCGGCAGCACGUCCGCUCGCAGCACGGCCUUGAGUACGGGGACCCGACCGACUACGUGAACGACUUUGUGCCUCGGCACGGCCGGAAACCGGGAGCCCCCGCGAGACCGGCAGUCACCGUGAAACGACGAGACAGCAGUCUAUCAGGUGACGCAGUAUCGUCAUCAAGUGCACCGGGGACCUGAUAGAGAAUGCGGGUAUCAACCAAAUAUCCGGCAGGCCACCAACAAUGCACGGUGGUGCUCUACAUCACGGAGCUACAGAUUUGCUACAUUGCUGUUACACAUUCACUGUAUGACUGAUAUUCACAUUGGGAUUGACCUGCUUCAGUCAUGGGACUGUUAAAGAAGACUUGUCGGGGAGUCGGGCAUUAUAUACCACGCACGUUUUGUUAGAUUCAAUGUUGAAAACCAGUCUUCUGAUAUUUUUUGUUGGUUUGUCCCACUACUAUAGCGCAAGUGAGCACCUGCCAAGUGUCAUUGCGUUUGUUAUGUUUUGUUUGUCACAUGCCAAAACAGCACAGCUCGGCAUCAGUCAGUUUGGGUGAGCUUGAGUUCGUCAUUGUGCUGUAAUAGUCCUAGAGUGCAAACAUGCCAUGUUAGAAUAGAGUGUUCGGAGUUUACUUGAUAUUCCCAUAGCCAUGUUACCUGUUGAGAACCAAAGUUCAUCUUGCCUUAUCACCGAGCUUGAGUAUGUUAACUAGUCUUUAAGGAAAGUUAUUUUUGUCAGGAAGUUCAUUCAAUCCUUUUGUCCUAUCUGAAUUCAAGUUAGUGACUUGAUUGCAUUUCACCUAGUCUUGGUCUUAUGACAUACUAUUUCUGAAGUUCAAGUAUUUUAUCCUAGCAAAAUAUUCAUAUUUGUCCAGCUAGAUUGCACGGGCACAUUCACAUACACCCAGCCUGCAGAGAGUCAAAGCUGGCCUUGUGUAAGGCCCGCACGAGUUUUACGGCAUCAUUACUAGUCUCAUUGAAAUGUUUUUUAUUGAAGUAAUGCUUACUGGUGAAGAAAAUCUGAAUGAAGCUUGUCACUGUUCAACUGUUCUGCCCAAGACAUACCCGUGGGUGGCAGGUUUCUAUAUAUAAUUUUACUGGCACUUUUCUCUGCUUGAAAGAAGGUAAAGAGAGUUGAUAGAAGUUUAGGUAGCCACGGACUGCUUAUGCACAAGUAAUCAGGUAGCUUACAGAAAGUAGUAAGCACGAAAAAUGCAGGAUGUUUCAUUUAAAAGCUGUUGUAGAAAGUUGAUGUCAUUACUAUUUUCCAUACAAUUUUCAUUUGUCAUGUCAGGCCGUUCUUAAUGCUAUAGUAUAUGUAUCAUCCGCUAUGCUAACUGAACUUUGUACUGGCCCUUAGCGUUCCUCCUAAAUGUAAAUAUGAACGUAUACGUUAAUGAGUGCACCAUCAUAUCGAGCGUUUAACUCCCCCCUCACAGCUGCUUCUAUUUCGGGGCUAUUAAGUCAGUACUGCAUAGCGUUGUCAUUUGAACAGUGUAAAAAAACAAUUAGCGUUCACUUUCUCUAACUAGUUGUAGAGUUUUCAUUAUUUACAGUACAGCUACUACUCAUACUUUAAACACUUGCUGUAACUCCAGGAUUUGCUGUAGAACUCUUGUCUAAUAUUGCACAUGGAAGAAAGGAAAGAGUUUACCUUUGUGAACUGUAGAGUACAAAAAAAAAAGGAAAACUCGCCUUGAGCUGUACAAAGAAAGGUUAUCCCCAAAGGGAGAGGUUGAUGUCGUAGAAGUACAAGUUUUAUAGAGUGGUCUUGUGAUUCGUCAGGCACUACGCUUUCGUCACCAGCUUUGAGCGAGGCACGAUGUAAGCGCGGUACAUGACAAAUUCAGAAAUGGCACGCGAAUGUUCACAAAGUGAAAUUCUUGCAUGAUCACGCUCCUUUUGCAAGACUGCAUGCACAUACCACAAUGUUAAAAUUUCUUACAGCAGGCAAUGUAGUUACAGUACAACUAGCAGUAAAUGCACAUUUCUGCUGCAUACGAUCAUGUGCACAAAUAAUGUUCAUAUAGGUGCACUACUGUGAACCGUCACAAUGUCAGGAUUAUAGGAUACUGUACUAUAAUCGAUUAACAAUGCUAUUAAGAAUUGCUCUUUCUCAUAACAUGAUAUGUAGGGUUUAACGUCCCAAAACCGCGCUAUGAUUAUGAGAGAUGUUGUAGUGGAGGGCUUCCAAAAUUUGGACCAUCUGGGGUUCUUUGAUGUGCAGCCAAAUCUGAGCACAGGGGCCUACAGCAUUUUCGCCUGUAUCGAAAAUGCAGCCAGGAUUCGAUCCCGCGACCUGCGGGUCAGCAACUGAGUACCUUAGCCACUAGACCACCACGGUGGGGUUCUUUUUCAUGACAAAACAAAUUGAACCUACCCUUAUCCUAUGAAGUAAUUAUCAACCUGUAACGCUCCUAAUCUUCAAAGCUGUUGUGGUUGAACUGCAUCCAGUAGUGGCGCACAUAAUAUGUCAAAGUAGGUCUUAGAUCUUCAAAGUUUUGUUAUUGCACAGUCAGCAUUAACAUUUCACAGCUUGAAAGGCUCCAGGAAGAAGCUGAUAUUUCAACAGCUUCGAACUGUGCUUACCUGUCUGUACCAGUUUGUGAACCCUCGAUGUGACCAAUGUGGAUAUAUGACACAUUGCCUGAUAUAACAAAGUAAACCUAAGCUAGCUGCUUCCUACAUUGGUAAAUAUUGAAUAUAGCCUUAUAACGAUGUACCAAUUCUCACAUAAGCUGCAACUUUCUUGUGAAACGUUUGAUUGUGUACACACAAAAAAAUGUAACAUGAAACAGUUAUAUGUAGUGGCUUCUUGCGCAGGUUCUAGAAACAUCAGCUUUUUCUGUAAAUUUCCAAUGUUGAUUGUAACCCUGUCUAAAAUGCCCGUACUACAGUCAGCAGUUUAUGCUGUGUUGACAGAAUAUUUUUCAGUGAAACGACUGGUUAAUGAUUGUUGAAGAAAAGUGCAAAGAAGACCAUUGUUGUUUGUUGUUAGAAAGUUGACCACCAGAGGGUGUUCACUCGCAGCAGUACAAAAGUUAAGACCCGGCAUUUCUACACCUGGCAUUGUUGGUAAAGUUAGACUACAGGUUAUAAGUGUCGGGCUUUUUUUUAAUACAAUUCACUACUUUUAUCCUAAACCUUUUGGUUUAUAAUCAAAACAAUUUUUUUGAUUGAGCACUGAGAAAACGCUUGGUUUUUUUACAAGCUCUAAAAACAAGUAAUGAAAAUGCAGCCAUUGAAAUUUUUGAAAUCUGCGUACAUGGUACAUGUGCUUGUAACACGUUUGUGGCCUUUUUUUGACAGUGGUUACACAAGCUGUCUAAUUUGUAACGUUUGUAAUCAUGAAUGUUAUUGCUACUCGCAAAGGAAGGCCGCAAAUGUGACCUUGCCACAAGUUUAUUAUGGUAUGAAACACUGUUUCAUGUUUUUACAAAGCAUUUGCUUGCAGACAGGUUGUUCGCUACUCUGAAUCCUCAUUAUAACAAAGCAGCAUCUUACAAGAAAAUAAGUUCGAUAUAUCUGAAAAUUCGUUGUGAAAAUUAUUCCUAACACUGUAAGUAUUGCAAAACUAUUUUAUUUACUUUGUUAUAACCGACAUUUCGUUAUACCUGUGUUCGUUAUAUUGAGGUUUGAGGGUACUGCAAGAGAAAUGAGAAUUGAUUACUAUUUGAUAAGGUUUACAACAUCUGAGCUUUGCAUCAACCUUGAGUUGCUAAAUCUCUCUGCCUUCAAACAGCAGAACACCUGACUAUAACUUCUCGAAGUACCGCAUAUAGCAGAAAUAUGAUAAUGCAUUUUGAAAAACAGAGCUAGGAAAAUAUAUAAAGUUAUGAAAUGUGUGACCUAUAUUGUAUGGUCCGAAUAGAAUGUGUUGAAUGUUCUUUAUUGGCAAGGUGUAAAGCCAAGAAAUGGAAAUAUACAUACUGGGAACGUUCGCUCCCGGUAUGUAUAUUUACGUUCCCAUCAAUUACGUUUUGGUGCCUCUAGCAUGCCAAAAUGAAAUGUAUUUACAAGAUACUCACAAGCUACAGAUUACAUUUCUUUUUCUGAAUGUAGAGGUGUGUCUGGAACAUUUGAUAAUGUUCAAGUUUUGGCCAAGUGAGCUUUGUUAUGCCACAACAAUACGCUGCAAUUUCAAGUAACUUUAGUGCAAGAGGCAUUUCACAUUGUUUAUUGCAGUUCCUAUUUUAUUCUCGAAUGUCGGUGUUGACACAAACUAGUUAGCAUCGAUAUGUGCAAUGAAAGAGAUUCACUUAGUGGCAUACAGUCAGCUUGUAUACGACGCGGAAAGCAUUGUGCAAUGUGCUGGAAAACAAUUUGGAGUUUCAUUGUCAUCAGAACGUUGUCACAGUUUAGCGAGUGUGCUUGCACCCAUUACUUUACCGCUGCUAACUGUUAUAAUUUUGGAUCGGAACGCAGAGAUCAAGAUCAUAGCAUUUCGUUCCCAAAAUACAAUGGCAUAUAGAAAAGUGGCAAAUUUACAACCGGAAUUUAAUAUCACAUGCAUGGAAGCAUGGAUAUAAUAGUGAAAAAUGAUGUCUUUGUCUACAGUAACUUUCGUGCUGUUUUCGUUCUAGCUAGAUCACCCUUCAUGCUGUUUAGUUGCUGGGAGCAACUAAGCAUUAUUUAAAGCUGAACGAAUCAUUCAGACCACCUGGUACACUGAACUGCGUAAAAAAUGCUCAAGAAAUGCGAGACGUAAAGUAGAAACGCAUAGAAAUUGAAAGAUCGGCUUUCAAAUUGUGAACCGUGAUGGAAAGCAUGUUACACUACUUACUACUUGGAAAAAUUGGCAACAGCUAUGUGUUGUGAGCCGCAGCAUGUUUGCAGCAACCGCAGAAGAAGCAUAGAGAUGAAGAAAAGGAGUUGAAGAAGGAAUUGAAUGUUUUGAGAAGCUUCGCCCAUAAAGAUAGACAUAAGUUGAUAACCAAGAUUUCAGAAAAUGAGAGAUUUGGAUGCCAUACUUUCUUCUGCGGCUAUUUUUCGUAAUCAGUGGGAAAAUGACAAUGCCUCGUCAGUAUGAUGACCAGCCUUAGGAGUUGGCUGUUUUAUUACUAUAGGCGGUGAUGCAACGACAUGACAAGAAUCAAUCGUGAUGCACUAAUUAACCAGCCUUAUUUCAUCAUUGUAAAGGUUUGAAACGAGACAGAAAAUCAUUGGAAGCUGGAGGCUUUAAGAGUUGAGAUGCCAGACAAUGAAUACCACUGGUGUCAAAUUUCUUCCACAUUGUACAAGUCUUUGUCGGGGCAUCUUGUUGUCAAAGCAUUCGACUUUGGUGACACUCCAUGUUUGAAAACCUCUCAUUGUUGAAGCUUGGCGAUUAUAGGCUAGGUAAAAUACCUAGGUGUCCCACACAAAUUAACACAGUGUGCGAAUGGUAACUUUUCAUUUUUUGUGUAGACACAGCAAGGCACAGAUAUGUCAUCCCAAAGAAGCACUCGUUUUUUUUCUUCACCUCUUUGUAGUACACUAUACACGCAUGCCCUAUCACUUCAUAUCAUUAUUAUAUUGUCGCCUGUUGCAUUAGAAGCAAGGGCCUUCCAGUAGUGGUGUAGUCGUUUGUAGAUGAGACGUUGCACAUGUGAGGACUUGGUUUUCAGCCAGCAAAAAGGUUCUGAAAUCAAUGUUUUCUGCUACACUGAAAAAUGUCACACUGUGAAAGAGAAAGAUUGCCAUCCAACCACUGGAAGGGAAGAAGUGGAAAUGAAACACUUAGAAACCUUUAAGAAAGUUUCUCGCUUGGCAGAAUGUUUGUCCAGUUCCAAGACUCGAAACGAAAGACAAAUUUCCAAUCGGGGCAGUAACUUUUUUCCAUCUCCGCGAAUCAGGAAGCUACCAAAUCCCAGCACGAGGGUGAAUCGACGGAAAGCUCAAAUAGUUGGGACAGAAGAUACGAAAAAUCAGUUCUGCAGAAGUUCUCUAUGUGGAGACGGGUUAUGGAAUCGAAGACUCAUUCACCGGCUUGUAGCACAAUGCUAGAAUUGGCAUGCCAUAUCCAUUGGUCUGUCUGCUUUGAUGGGUUGAUUAAUUCACCCUCAUUCUGCAAUCUCCCAAGCUGAGGUGAUAGAGCGAUCGCCAUAAAAAGGCUUCAGAUCCGGUAUCAAAUUUCAGGACAGGACAAAUUUUUCAUCAGUGAGGAAUUCUCAGAGGAAUCAGUACGAAUUUCAUUUCUAGUUUCGUGCCGCUCUAAAAGGAAUUUAUUUGUCUUGAGGCUAUAAGUAUAAAUGUACUGUGAAUGAAGUGACUAUGUUUUCAUGUAAGUUUUCUUACGUGGGACACUGCAUGUAUUUCGCUAAGUUCCUGUUACAGAUUUAUUUACAGAGGACCCACUCAGUGUCAAGGAAAUGAACCAUCCCUCAGCAAAACUGUCUUUGAUAAGUUAUAUGUUUUUGUUAUGUAUUACUGUUAGAUUGCUAUCCUUGUUCUAUUCUAUAAUCCACAUGUUUGGAUGUUCGUAGAUGAUUGGAGUGUGCCUUUUUUUGUCCGCACAACUGUUUAACCACAUAGCUUGGUCUAAACACUGAAGUUUCGUAGCCUAUAUUCAUAUUGUGAAAAUGUCGUAAUUAUAACUGUUGUGUUGGAUAGCUUGAAACUGUUUAGUCCCACUGCCGAUCAAAUAUUGUUGCUGUCACCCUUGUUAUCCUGAGUGUUUUGUUGGGUAUUUUGUUCGUUGAUGCACCCCCAUUGCCCUGCACACUAUUCCUAUGUUUGAGAAACCCUAAUGUUGUGUUAGACAAGUUUAUAGUUUAGAGUUAGUAUUGUUGGUUGCCAUUAGUAAGUCACUGCUAGUCACUGCCGCCGUCUAGUGUUGUUUAUGUUUAGAUGUUUCGUUACGUGGCAUGAUUAGGGUUGCCACCUGGCCCACUCUGGUUUGGUUUUCACCGACACAGCUGUGUUUUAUUUUAAUGGCAAACCUGUUCACAGUCGAGGCUUCCCUGUCCGUUGGCAUGGCGUCGGUCACGGGGUCUUGCGGCACGGCGAGAGUGGCACUCCGUAGCACUCAAAAGGCUGCGCCGUGCCAGGAUUCGCGAAGGCGAAGCUAAGUGGAAAGGGUGAACCAAUGAGGGGCGCACAAGUAUGAGCGAGGGUGAGCCUGGCAAAGGGGAGGCAUGGGCUUUGCUGUUUCGACAGCGUUUGCGGAGCGGAGUUGACGGCACAACUUUUUUCUUCCUUAAGUAUGCAAGCUGCCCUUUACUAAUCCAAUAGGGGCAUGCCCCAUUUACCAGAAAUGAGGUUCUCCGUAAAUUCAACCAUUAUAAUGUUCAUAAUCAGGGCAUUCACAGAGUACAAAUGACUAAACUGUCGCAACCGCAUUCGAUCGAAAUUCUUUUAACCUGUUCGCUGUCGUGAAAUUGUCGCGUCAUGCGAAGCUGCAAGAUUGAGGUGUUCAUUUCAUUUCUAUUCUAGAUUUUCAUUCUGAGCCUUCUAUCAUGAAAUCAAGCACCAUGUCUUGCUGGAAUGAGAGGAAGUUGUGCAGGUUGGUCGCGUUUUAUUGUAGAGUAAGGCGAGUAAACGCAAACACAAGAGAAGAGAACCACGCCAUAUUGUGUUGACUGGUUCCCAUCUGUGGUGUUCGUCUUUGCGUGGCUCACUUUACUGCUGAACACUUCUAGCAACUUUCCUACAGCUCACAUUCAGAACAGCCAAGCACUGUUCAUGCUUGUUACAUAACUUGAUGCAGUUUGGUCCAUACUUGCGAGAUCGACUGCACUGUUCAUCUCCCACAACUCGCUGGUUGGCUGGAACAGUCAACGAGCUGUUGGUCUUACGCUUCAGUCUCCCAGCAUUUUUUUUUGUCAAGUUUUUCUGUCAAAAAAUAGUUUUUUUCUAUUUAAUUCAAUAUUGUUCAAUAUUCUGCUUUUACAAUGCAUGUAUUGACUGAAGAAAAAAAUUUAAGUGUGUAUUAAGUCGAAUUAGCAGAUGAAGAUAAUCAUUAUAUCAGUGUUUUUAAUAAUUCAGGAUAUAAUGUCAUCGUGGAGAAACUGGCAAAUAUAGCAUGUCAAGUCAUCAGGCGAUGUUGCACGGAUUGCCUUAUCGGGGACGGGGAUGCUGUUCUCGUCAACCUACCUAGACAAUGACGUGCACUCGUGCUGGUGUCCUCCGAGCAGCCAGUAGCAUGCUAUCUGUUGUUGGAUGCCAAACAGCCGCAUCAACAACUCCAAGGAGAGUGGAGAUUGGUCUCCGUGUGAAAAGUGGGCACCUAAGAAAACGUCAACUUCGCAAUCUGCUUCUAAACUCUCUUUGUCAUGCAUGACAGCUAGACUCUGCUGAGCUGUUCACUGUUGUGUCUGCUCUCCGCUAUACAUUUGUUUUCUCACCAAGCCAAAUAUUGGUUUAUGAUCCCUUCAAAACUUUUGCAACGUUCUAAAAAAUUUCAGUCGAUUAAUGCUUACCCUCAAGAUAUCCUCUUUUGCACCGUGUUUUUCAUCUAACAACACCUCCCAUCCCCCGAUGCCAGUUCCUUACCCAGCCAAAGUGGUGAUCCAGGCCAUGCUAAACAAUGUAUUGUGACACCCACGCUUUUGCUUAUACGUCAUCGCUUGAAUUGUGUUGCGAUUGCCAUAUCAGAGUAUUUAUCAUGUUACGGCUGAUGUUAGUUAGGCAAGAGUGUAUAAAAGACAAGAAAUCUAGUCAUUGUUAGUUAUGUGCUACCCAGAAACUGCAGCCAUGAGAAUGCUUCACAGCACUCCUCCAAGAAAGCGAGACCCGCAAUGUCACACGUUGAGACAUUUCGUCAGAUGGGUGUCCUUGAAGGGUUUAUUUGCAUACUACAUGUGUGAAUCAGAAAAAUGAGCCUGUUUUCACAGUUACAUGCCACACGACGACUAAUAGCUACAACCAAAUAUAUAGCAGAAGUUUUAUAUAUCUAUAUGUAUACCCAUGUUAGGUUUGUGUUUAUCGUGCGCACAACGUCCUACAUCCCCAAAAUAAAGGUCUCUUAUCCUACCGA